UCAAAAGGAUAAGGCAUAACAUAGCAUUUUAAACGUGAACCUCAGAUUCCAGUUCCUGACAUACCUACCCGGGUCAUGAAUUGGUCACAUAUAUGACCAAAUUUGGUACGGGGCGUGGAGUAGGUUUCUGUGGUUAGUUUUUCGCCAGAAGUGGUUGCUCGGCGUAAAAGUGCGUUACGCGGCAUUUAAUAAGGGAAGAAGAACAUGUCAAAUAAAACUAAUAGAACACCGGAUGAGAACGGAACCAGCGCUGAGCCACUCCCCGGAUUCAACUAAAAGACUCUAAACUGAUUUUAGCGGAUUUCCCGUGUCAAACCUGUGCUACAGUACAGUGCAUUACACAUCACUCACUCCCCUGUAUAGGUUGACUGUUUAACUUCUUCCAAUUCCGCCAUGCCAUUGGUAGUGCUGCACACCUCCCGGUUGCUCUGGGUGCGUGUGGCUGCCUUGUUGUUCUCCUGCGUGGCCUUCAGUGUGGCUGCCCAUGGUGCCUAUGUCUCCAGCUGGGUGGGGGACUGGUGCAUAUUCUGUUGGGCCUUCAGCUUCGCCAUGACUCUGAUAGUUCUCCUGGUGGAGAACUUUGGCCUCCAGGCUCGAGUCCCGGUCUCCUGGAACAACUUCCCCAUCACCAUGGCCUGCUACGCUUCCCUGCUCUGCCUCUCCGCCUCCAUCCUCUUCCCCGUUCACUUUCUCAAAGGCCAGACGGGCCACGGGGAAGUCCGGGACAGCCGCAUCGCCUCCACCGUUUUCUCGUGCCUGGCCACGGUGGCCUACCUGCUGGAGGUGACCAUGACGCGGGCCCGUCCGGGCGAGGUGGCGGGCUACAUGGCCACCACUCCGGGCCAGCUCAAGGUGUGCCAGACCUUCGUGGCGUGCGUCAUCUUCAUCCUGGUCAGCAACCCUGUGUCGUACGAUCACCACGCGGCACUCAAGUGGUGCCUGGCGGUCUACUGCAUCUGCUUCAUCCUAUCGGCGGCCGCCGUGGUCCUGUGUGUCGGCGAAUGCACCGGCUGUCUCCCGCUGCCCUUCUCCCGCUUCCUGUCGGCCUACGGCCUGGCGGCCGUCGUCAUGUACCUGACCGCCACCAUCCUCUGGCCCGUGUUCCAGUUCGAUAAGCGCUACAACAACCCCCGCCGCUCGGAGCAGGAGGCCCUCGUGACCGUCGCCGUCCUCACCGCUCUCAACUUCCUGCUCUACCUGGCCGACCUGGUGUACUCGGCUCGCCUGGUGUUCGUCAGUGUGUGAGAGGGGAGAGGGAGGAGGGGUAGAUGGACUACAUUGUGGAGGGUAACGAGACGUUUGGAUGCGUGGAAGUAUUUAUACAUUGCCUUAAACAUAACCUGAAAAAUGAAUGGAGCCCAAUUCCAUUUCGUUUUUAGUAUAUGUCUGACAUAUUGCUGCUCACGCAUUUUCAAAAACUGUUUAACUAAAGUUGAUCGGCCAGUUUCUGGUUGAAGAGCUUUGCUAAUGCGUAAACUAAAUGUAUUUCUUGUAUGCAGCCUUCAUAAUAAAUGGUGUGUUUUGUAUA